AUGGCCCCCCCAUCCCUACCAUGCGGCAUCUACGCCCCGACAAUGACCUUCUUCCACCCUGAAUCAGAAGACAUCGACAUCCCCACCAUCAAGCACCACGCCCAGCGCCUCGCAAAGGCCGGCCUCGCAGGCCUCGUCGUCAUGGGCUCCAACGGCGAAGCCGUCCACUGCACCCGCGACGAGAAGAUCGCCGUCCUGUCCGCCACCCGCGAGGCCCUCGACGCCGCCGGCUUCCAGUCGGUGCCCGUCCUCUUCGGCGCCACAGAGGGCAGCGUCCGCGGCACCAUUGAGCUCUGCAAGCUCGCCGCCGCCGCCGGGGCCGCCGCCGCCCUCGUCCUCCCGCCCUCCUACUACCGCGCCCAGACCGACGAGGCCUCCAUCGAGGCCUACUUCGUCGCCGUCGCCGACGCCAGCCCCAUCCCCCUCGUCCUCUACAACUACCCCGGCGCCGUCUCCGGCAUCGACAUGGACAGCGACCUCCUCAUCAGGCUCGCCCAGCACAAAAACAUCGUCGGCACAAAGUUCACCUGCGGCAACACCGGCAAGCUCACCCGCGUCGCCCUCGCCACCGACGCAAAGACGCCCUUCCGCGACGGCUCGGGCUACAUGGCCUUUGGCGGCAUGUGCGACUUCACCCUGCAGACCCUCGUCAGCGGCGGCAGCGGCAUCAUCGCCGGCGGCGCAAACGUCAUGCCCAAGCUGUGCGUCAAGGUCUGGGAUUCCUACUCCCAGGGCAACAGGGACGAGGCCGAGAAGCUGCAAAAGGUCCUCAGUCGCGGCGACUGGCCCCUCACAAAGGCCGCCAUUGCAGGCACAAAAUCCGCCAUCCAGACCUACUAUGGAUACGGAGGCUAUCCUCGGCGGCCCCUGAAGCGCUUGGAGCAGGCUCGAGUCUCGGCCAUCGAGGAGGGCAUCCGGGAGGCCAUGGAGAUUGAGAAGACUUUGUAG